AUGACUAUGAUCUUCAGCCAGGUAGCCAAGAGGUCCCCGAAGACGCCCUCAUUCUCUAGUGCGACUGCUCCAGAUAGCCGCCAGCCCAAGCACGGUGACAGGAUUCUGGGACAUUUUGAGGAGAAUGCGAGCAUAGAACAGCCUCAAAGCGCAACCAACAACAGCGCAUUGCAGACAGCUGUCAAUGCUACGGAGCCAAGGCAUGCGUACGCUAGGUCGACCGACUCAAUGACGGCCGAGGUUGAGCUGCAGGAUAGGCCUAUAAGCCCCGAUUCGCAUGUACUUAGCGGCUCUGGGAGGGAAUUGAUCUUUCAGACCCCCAGCCAACCUUCACAAAUCGCUUCUCAGGCUGCAGAGGGUGGCACUUCGGUAAUCAAAAGCGCCACUUUAGCGUCGCCAUGUGGAAUCUCCAACGGGAUGAAAAUUGCGGGUGGUGCAACGCAAUCCGCCGCAGGCGAGCAAGUCUACGAUGACGCCAAACGCGCCACUUCGCCUGCAGAUAGCGCCAGCGAAGGACCACCAGGAACCCCAAAAAACGGAAACGAAGCCGCUGGCGCGCAAAAUGAAGUCGUCGAACAUGCUACCCCGGAGGGUAGCAUCUCUCCAGAAACACCACCAAAUAAUGGUUCUGAAGAGGCAACCUCACAACGCAACGGCGAUAGACCAAAUGCUUCCCGACUGACGGCCUUGGAGCUACAGCCCCUGCGUUGCUCGCCAUCGGCGGAUCAAGACAGCGGAGCUAGUGAUGGACCACCGUGCACAUGCGAAUCCACAGACUCAAUGCCUUCGACAGCGACAUCACUGUCAGAGCAUGACGCAGUAUUUCUUGUGUUUCCAGUCGACCUCUCAGAUGCAAUUCCGGCUACUUCUGGGAUGGAGCUGAUGGACGAACAGUCCCGUCAGGCGUUAGUUGAGGCCUAA